GCUAGGGUUUGAACAAUAUAUUGAGAUUGGGAGGCGAGCUCCUUCGGCUCCCAAGCGGAGCGGCGAUGGCGUUCCUCAUCCUUUCCCUUUUCUGGUCCUUUCUGUGAUUUUGGUUGUAAUGUUUUGCUCACAGAUCAGUUUUCCCAGUGUAGGAGGAGGCCAUGAUGAAGAAAUUCACACUCGUUAAGACGCUCUCUGCGCAUGAUUUGUGCAAUACUAAUCACUACGUUCUUGCUGAGCCUUCUCUCUGGUUUCCCUGUUUGUUUUAUGAUUAGUUUUUUUGAAUCUGGUUUUCGUAUCCGAUUUGUAAUGUGCCAUCGUUUUAUUUGGUUUUCCGUGGAUUUUAUAUGCCUUAUUGAGAACAUUGUGAUUACAUCGCAUUCAUUUGGAUAUAUUUGGAAUUCUACGAUUUGCAUAUGUUUUCUGAAUCGCAGAUGAGGGAGAACCGUAUUACAAGGGAAGAAGACCUACACUAAUUGCAGAUGAGGGUUGUUGAAGGUGCUUAACGGAUUCAGAGGAGAUCGACAUCAGUCCAUGACAGGUUCGCUGCUAGCGUCUUCUUCUUCUUCUUCUUCUUUUUUUUUCCAUGAAGGUGUUUCACCAGUAGCUCGCCGCACAAACAAAUCGUCCCUCUUGUCUUCACACAUCUUCCUUAGUCAAAAAGUUUCCGACACAUGGAUCAUCGUUCGCGAUCACUCAGCCGACCAGUUCAUCCAUUUCAACACAAUUGAAAAAUGAAGAACUUGGUUGGUGACCUAAUGGAGAUCGCAAUCCCAAACCAAUUUAAAGCGGGAUCACUCUGUGCUCUCGCUGCAUGGUCAAUGGCGUCUCUGUUCUCUUCCCUUGCAUUGCUCUUCUUCUUGUUUCUUUCUGGAGUUUGCUGUUUGGAAUAUCGCAUACCGGUUGGCUCCGAGCUUUCCGCCGGCGGCAAUGAAUCGUGGGUUUCUGAGAAUGAGAUCUUCGCGUUUGGGUUCGCGCAGGAUUCAGCAAGCGUUCGCGAUCAAUUUCUGUUGGCGAUUUGGUAUUAUGGCCUUCCGGAUCAUCCGACCAUUGUUUGGUCGCCGAAUAGAGGUUUUCCGGCGCGAAGAGACGCGGUGGUGCGACUGGAAAACUCCGGCGAACUCGUGCUCAGAGACGGUAACGCCGUUCUGUGGACUUCCAACACUUCCCAGUUGAAUCCCAGCUUCGGCGUAAUGUCGGACUCCGGCGACUUCCUACUAUGCGCCGGCGGCAACGUCACGGGCCGGACGGCCGCCGCCGUGUGGCAUAGCUUCUCCUACCCCUCUGAUACUCUCCUCCCAGGGCAAAAACUGACGGUGGACCUCGCGCUCACCUCCGCCACGUCCUCCUCCGGGCACUAUGCCCUCCAAAUGCUUCAGCAGAGAACCUCCCUCAGCCUUGCCCUUGCCUACGUCUCGCCGACGUCCAACUCCAACUAUUCCUACUGGUCUAGCCCACAGAUAUCAAACGCCACCGGCGAGGUUGUCGCCGUCUUGGACUCCUCCGGGAACUUCGGCGUUAGCUACGGCGCUUCCUCCGCUGGCACGAUGUAUAUCCACAAGAACGACACGCAGUCCACGUUUCUGCGCAGGAUCACGCUGGGAAACGACGGGAAUCUGCGGCUCUACCGCUUGGAAGCGAACAAGAACUGGGCGGUGGAGUGGACCGCCGUGUCGAACCCAUGCACCGCCGCCGGAAUUUGUGGCAGUGGCAUCUGCAACCUUGACUCCAGCAACAACACCUUCAGCUGCACGCCGCUGAAGCCGGUGAACUGCAGCGGAAGAAACGGCGGGCAAAUCAAGAUGCAAACCAUGCCGCAAACCAAUUACUACUUCCCCGGCAAGUCCACGAUCUCGAAUUACAGCGGCGACGUCAACGGCACGGAGUGCUCCCGGCAUUGCUCCGACAACUGCGAGUGCGUGGCGGCGGUGUACGGGCCCUCGCCGGAGAACGCGAAGUCGUGGUGCUGGACGCUGCGCUGGGUGGACUUCGGCGGGAUGCAGGACCCGAGCUCGACACUGUACGUGAAGGUCCUCGCCGGAAACGAGUCGGCGACGGGCGAAUCGAGUUCAGGCUCACCGAGCGCCAGCGUGCUGCUGCCGUUGCUGAUCUGCUUCGGCGCUCUAGUUGCGCUCCUGAGCGCGCUGCUUUUCUACUGCGCGCGAAGGAAGAGGAAGCAGAAGGCGAUGCGGCGAUGCGUGUCGCUGCCGGGAGCUCCGGCGUGCUUUAGCUACCAUGAACUGCAGAUUGCUACCUCAAACUUCUCCCAAUUGAUCGGAACAGGAGGAUUUGGCAGCGUGUACAAGGGAACGCUGAGAGACGGGACGAUGGUGGCAGUCAAGAAACUAGACAGGCUGCUGCCUCAAGGAGAAAGGGAGUUCAUAGCAGAGGUCACCACCAUCGGCUCCAUGCACCACAUGAACUUGGUCAGCCUCUGUGGAUUCUGCUCAGAGCAAUCGCACAGGCUGUUAGUGUAUGAAUACAUGAGUAGAGGAUCACUGGACAAGUGGAUCUUUCGUUCAGGGGAAGACAGGGUUUUGGACUGGCGAACUCGCUUUAACAUAGCGACGGCGAUCGCUCAAGGGAUCGCCUACUUCCACGAGCAGUGCAGGAACCGGAUCAUUCACUGCGACAUCAAGCCGGAGAACAUUCUGCUGGACGAGGACUUCUGCCCCAAAGUCUCGGACUUUGGCCUGGCGAAGCUGAUGAGCAGGCAGCACUCGCAGGUGGUGACCAUGGUGAGGGGCACGAGGGGUUACUUGGCGCCGGAGUGGGUCAGCAACCGCCCGGUCACCGUCAAGGUCGACGUCUACAGCUACGGGAUGCUGCUGCUGGAGAUUGUCGGAGGACGAAGGAACCUCGAUUCUUCCUUGGACGAGAAGGAGUUCUUCUACCCUGCAUGGGCUUUCAAGGAGAUGGUGAAUGGAACGGCGAGCAAUGCCGUCGACAGGAGGCUGAAGAGGAACGUGGAGGAAGAGGAGGCGGUGAGGGCUCUCCAUGUGGCGUUUUGGUGCAUCCAAGAAGAGGCAGUGGUGAGGCCUUCCAUGGGGGAGGUGGUGCGGAUGUUGGAAGGCUCAGUGUCCAUCAACGAGCCGCCGAUGCCUCAGGCAGUGCAGGAGUUUCAAGAGGAAGGUCUGCACAGUGUUUACAGAACGAUGAAGGGGAGAUACUUCUUCGAUUUGCCUUCGUCUUCCUCGGCCAUGGCGAGCUAUAGAUCAUCGAAGGCUACUUGUAGCCACUCUACUAUGUCGCCUAGAUAGCAAAAUAUGAUCGAUUACAGUUCUUGUAGAUGAAUGAUCAUUGAAAAUCAGAAAGAAAUGCCUCUCGUUCAGGAGCUCAUAGA